CAUGUAGUUCCGGCGUCACGCCUGGUGGGCGGAGUUCUGCCGAGUGGCGCGCAGCCGCCCCUAUUGUCCCGCCCCCUACUCCGCAGGAUUCGAACCCGAGCUGCCUGGGCGUCUCGAAGGGUCAGAGAGUUGGCUGCGAGCCUUCGGCCGGCAAGCGAGCGUCGGCUACGAUCCCGCAGCGAGAGGAGGCAAGUUGGGCUCCAGGCUCCAAAGCCGGUGGCCGCGGGUCGCGGUGGAGCCGCUGUCUUCGAGGUCAGAGGAGAGAACAGUGAUAUCCUGAGAGAAGAUGGGAAAGGGCUGCAAGGUUGUGGUUUGUGGAUUGUUAUCUGUGGGGAAAACUGCAAUUUUGGAGCAGCUCCUUUAUGGAAACCAUACUAUCGCAUUUGACCCCUCCCAAGGAUGCAGCAACAAGGCUCCAUCUUGCAGUGGAGACUGGGCUGUAACAAGACACCAGACCUACCGGUACCUUGAUCUUGGACUUCUAGCCUCCAGAACUGUGAGAGAGAAAUUUUCCGUUUAUAAGUUACCCAAUCUGUGGUAUUUUGUUAUAGUAGCAAUUGUUGUAUUAGGAAACAAAAUCGACCUGUCUGAGCAGAGACAAGUGGACGCUGAAGUGGCACAGCAGUGGGCAAAAAGUGAGAAAGUGAGACUGUGGGAGGUGACCGUUACCGAUCGGAAAACUCUGAUUGAACCAUUCACUUUAUUAGCAAGUAAACUUUCCCAACCCCAGAGCAAAUCAAGUUUUCCUUUGCCUGGGAGGAAAAACAAAGGGAACUCUAGCUCUGAGAACUAAAAAUCAGUAAUUCUACAAUUGUGUGUUGAAUAGUGAUUGCCUUUAAGUGUCUGUGAACGUGGAGUAAUAUUACCAUUUAAAACAGGCCAUUUGUAUCUACCUUUGGUCCUUAGGAAGAUUCCUAAGGAAGUCAUUUAAUGCACUUUAGAUGUUAUAAUUAAUUACUUGGGCUAAGUUUAUUAUUGCCUGAUAUGAAAGAAUAUAUUCUUACUCUCAUUGUUUGAAACCUG